AUGAAUACUUUAUUUAGCCGUACAAAACGUUGUCCAUUGUGCCUAAUAUCCUGUGUGUAUGCGCUUCUCUCGCAUCAAGCCAAUUUCUUCUGUACUUAUCUCACCUUUGUCUUUUCAGACUCUUUCCUUCUUUCUUCCUCUUUCUCUUUCUUUUUCCUUUCUUUCCUCUUCUUUCUAAUGGCUACUCGCGGCGUUCCUCUCUUUGAGGAAAGAGACUACAACCAUGCCACAGACGACACUUAUAAGCGGCUCAGAGCAGAAGCCAGCGCCUUUCACGACAAGAAAACGGCGCUUUCCAAACAGUCGCAAAGCGCGUACAAACAGGGGAACAAGGCCGAGGCCCAUGAGCUCAGCGUCAAGUCAAAGCAGAUGAUGCAAAAAGCCAUCGACGCCGACCGCAAAGCGGCAGAGUAUGUUUUCAAAGAGAACAACGCAGACUCGGCCCAGGACGAAAUCGACUUGCACGGCUUGUACGUGCUGGAAGCCGAGUGGAUUCUUCAGCGCCGAAUCGCCGAGUGUGCUAGGACAAACCAGCUGCAUUUGCGGGUGAUUGUCGGCAAAGGUUUGCACUCGCAAAACGGCAUAGCCAAGUUGAAGCCGGCCGUCGACGAAUUGUGUGACAAGAGUGGCUUGCGCCACCACAUGGACCCAAAGAACUCGGGCGUCUUGGUGAUUGACUUUACAAACUCGCCCGACGCUAGUGUGCCUGACGAAUGGACCCAGCCAGGCUAUCCCCAGCAGACUUACCAACAGCCGCAAUACCAGCAGCAGCCGCAAUAUCAACAGAACUACCAGCAGCCAUAUCAGCAGCAGCCUCAGCAGUUUGACACGGGUAAUGGUCUUGUGAAUGCGUUGUUGAAGAUGUUCUGUGCCUGCAUCAACAAGUAG